CAAAGUCCAGGUAGUCCUUCAGGGGCCAGAUAAACUUGGCACCAGGUAGACUUCUAAAGUCAAGGAGGACUUCUAAAGUCCAGGUAGACUUCUAAAGUCAAGGUGGACUUCUAAAGUCCAGGUAGACUUCUAAGGUCCAGGUUGACUUUUAAAGUCCAGGUAGACUUCUAAAGUCCAGACCGCGUUGUAAGAUCCAGGUUGCUGAGGAGAUCUUUAGGAAGGAUGCAGUUUUAGGAGGACUGAGUAACUCAGAAUAAAAGCUUUCACCAUGAUCAACUGGUUUCUGAAAAUGGCUCCUCAACCCCCCGGGUUGCCGCCACAGGAGCAGGAAUGGGCCCCUGCCCCGCCCCCUGUUGCGGCUCCGCCCCCUGUUGCUGGCCCAUCCCACGUAACGGAGAAGAAGGUGAGCUUCCAGGAAGUGGAGUCAUCAGGCAGCAGUCGAGGCGUGUUGUGGUGGAUCAGUCAAAGUAUGGACAAGGUCGUUCCUCAGCCCGACCUUAAGGACAGAGAGGUGUGUCAACAUGCGGCACCAGCAGCCGAGCCGAUGGAGGCGGAGUCAGAGCAGCAGGGCGAGAGUGACAACAAGCCCCUCCCACCGGGGGUGAUGUCGUGGAUCAAAGACAGCGUGGAGAAAGUCGUCCCUCAACCGGAAGUGCACGCCCUCUCCAAGAUGGCCGCCGUGGAAAAGCCGGAAGCUGCUCCGUCUGACAAACCCACAGCCCCGCCCCCUGACACCCAGCAGACAUCCCCGCAGGAGGCAGAGACGCCGUCAAACAUGAUGGGAUGGAUUGUGGGCGGCCUGGGUCGCAUCUUGCCACAGCCCACUCACAAGCAGGAUGCAGACGAUGGCGUCCACCAGACCGUUCAAGAGAAUAACGAGCUGGUGCUACUGGACAUGGAAGAGCAGACGGAGAAAGCAAGCGACAGCGAGAACCAGAAGCAUUUAGCCGUGAAAGAGGUCGAAGACGAGCAUUGGAUUCCGCUGAUGGAGACUAUCAAGCAAGAAACCGGCCAAGCGGUCCUGGCACGGAUGGAGGAAAGGCUGCAGCAGCAGCGCCUGGAAGCGGCCCGUAAUGCGGAGGAAAUGGCAAGGAAGGCGGCGCAGGAGGCGAUCCGACUGCUGCAGGUGGAGCAUUCAGCGAAGAUCGUCAUCGAGUCGCUGCCCGAGUCCAACGAGCUACUCCCAAACAUCUUGGAGGAGGAAAAUGAAGACGAACCAGAGUGUCUGCCUAAAGGUGAUGCUCUAAGCUCAGCCGCCCCACAGGAUUCCCCAUUGCUGACCAACAGGAAAGAGACUUACGUUGGCAGACUUGAGCACACACCGUCCGAUCAGGUUCCAACUGGAAUAGAAGUUGAAAAUAAAGGUCUUCUCCUGGAAGCGGGAAAAGGUUUAACCCUACCUGAGAUAAUCACGCCACCGAGCGACGUCCCUCUAUCAAGGCUCAGCGGGAUAGUCGAUCUCUCUGCGGAGGAGGACGAAGUCGAGUUGGCGAGGGGCGGACUCAAGUCCUGGUCCAGUCAAGGUGACCUACUGACUGCAGAUGCCCGUCCGCCAUCGGCGGCCAGCGUCGGCAGCGUGGUGAUCCAGGACCGCCUUAGCGAGCUUGUGCGGCUCUUCAGAGGUCGGACAGAACGCCAAAAAGACCGACUGAUUGACCCGGAUGACUCGGAGCAGGAAAGCCCUACUGCCUCUCCCAGCAAAGCUCCUCCGCCUCCACCCCCACCUGAAGAAGACAAGACGCCCACUCUCGCCACCGGAGCAAAGGAGGUAGAAGAAGAGACAGUGUUCCAGUUUGAACUUCUGGGAUAUCCUAUCGAAUAUCCCAAACUUCCCACCAUGCCAAAAUGGCUUCGAGAUAUGGCAGCGUUUCGCUUCCCUUCAAGCAUUGACCCGUUCACCGAUCUGAUCUAUGUGGUGUGGCUGUUCUUCGUGGUGGCGGCGUGGAACUGGAAUGUAUGGUUAAUUCCCGUCCGCUGGGCCUUUCCCUACCAGACCGCAGAAAACAUCCACCUGUGGCUUCUGAUGGACUACACUUGUGACCUCAUCUACAUCGCAGACAUCCUGGUCUUCCAGCCCCGGCUACAGUUCGUUCGCGGGGGCGACAUUGUGUGCGAUAAAAAAGACAUGAGAGAAAACUACAUGACCACCGAGAGGUUCAAGAUGGAUAUCAUCAGUCUGUUUCCAAUGGAGAUCUUCUACUACUUUACGGGAGUCAACUCUCUGCUAAGAUUCCCUCGUCUGCUCAAGUACCAGGUGUUUUUCGAGUUCAACGACAGAAUGGAGGCGGUGAUGAAGAAGGCCUACAUCUACAGGGUGAUCCGGACUUCCACCUACCUGCUGUACUCGCUACACAUCAACGCGUGCCUCUUCUACUGGGGCUCAGACUACGAAGGAUUGGGUUCCACCAAGUGGGUCUACGACGGAAAAGGCAAUGCUUACAUUCGCUGCUACUACUUCGCCGUCAAAACCUUGAUCACCAUCGGUGGUCUGCCAGACCCGACCACCGUCUUCGAGAUCUGCUUCCAGCUCAUCAACUACUUUGUCGGCGUUUUCGCAUUCUCCAUCAUGAUUGGACAGAUGAGAGACGUGGUCGGAGCGGCCACGGCCGGCGAGAACUACUACCGAGCCUGCAUGGACAGCACCGUCAAGUACAUGAACUCUUACAACAUCCCCCAGGAUGUCCAGAACCGUAUCAAGACCUGGUACGACUACACUUGGAAGAGCCAAGGCAUGCUGGAUGAGCAGGAGCUGUUGGUGCAGCUUCCCACUAAAAUGAGACUGGACAUGGCUGUGGAUGUCAACUACGUAAUUGUCAGCAAAGUAGCACUGUUCCAGGGUUGUGAUCGUCAGAUGGUGUUUGAUAUGCUGACAAGACUCAAAUCUGUGGUUUACUUGCCAGGAGACUUUGUGUGCAAGAAGGGUGAGAUCGGCAGGGAGAUGUACAUCAUCAAACAGGGGGAAGUCCAAGUGGUGGGCGGUCCAGACCUCCAGACGGUUUUUGUGACAAUCAGAGCUGGUUCUGUCUUUGGAGAGAUCAGUUUGUUGGCGGGGGGCGGAGGAAACAGACGCACUGCCAACGUGAAGGCGCACGGAUUCGCCAACCUGUUCAUCUUGGACAAAAAGGACCUGGCGGAGAUCCUGGUCCACUAUCCAGAAUCCCAGAAACUCCUUCGCAAGAAGGCCAAGACCAUGCUCACCAAGGACAAGAAGUCUGAUGAAAAGGAGCGUGGAAAAGAAGUGGCUGAGGUCAUCCCGGCCCGGCCCGACACGCCCAAAAUGUUCAAAGCAGCGUUGAAGGUGACGGAGCAGGUGAGAAUGGAGGGAACCUUCGCCAAGCUGAAGAAAACUUACAAGGCGUCUGAGGGCGAGGCUUUGCCCGUCUCCUCUCCAUUGCAUCAGCCCUUAGUGGGAACUCCUGCUGCCACCUCGCUGACCGUCACAAUGACAUCACAAAAGCCAGGCGAGGAGCUUCUCUCAGUGGAGGCGGCGCCCCCAGAGGCCCAGGAAGUGGAUGGAGAGAAGAAGGUGGAGGAGGGUGGAGUGGACAGGAAGUAAAAGCAUUCCCGGAAUUCCUUUGUGCUUCCGGAAGACAGAAGUGGUUCUGACUGCAUAUUUAUUUUUGAAGGGGAAAAAUAUUUGACUUUAAAUUUGUUAAAAGUGAAAAAAUAUAUAUAUGUAUAUUGCUAAUAAACAUAUUAAUUAUUUUAGUGGAACAUGCUAACAAACACUUGCUAAUAAAAAAAUGUUUGCUAUUUUAAUGAACAUGUUAAUAACCAUACAAUGUUAGUUUGAGGAAUACUCAUACAGCUCUGGAUGUUUUUAAGAAAAAAUAAGAAAGUUUGACAGCUAAAAGUUACGUUAGCCGCUAAUGCUAAUGCUUUUCAUUAAAAAAAAUGAUUGUGUUUUAACACCUUAGUGGUAGAAAUAUGUCAAUUACUCUCUUGAAAUAUGGCUACUAAUGAAUAAAUGAAAAAAGCGCAUGUGUCAUUUCCAUAUCUUUGGAUGUAACCAAUAGGCUUUCUUGUUCUAUGGAGGUUAAUUUGUGUCUUUAUCACAAAAGC